GAAUUGUGGGUAAAAGUGCCUACUGCUUGUGGUUUGCUUAUUAUUGACUGAGGACUUCAAUCCCUCUGAAUUUGAUAUAAUGGUGGUAGUUGCAGAAGAGUUAUUUUAUUUAGUUUUGUUAUGUUGCAUUAGCUGUCUUUAGGAUACAGCCAGAUAUCUAUGGUUAUACUGUUUUGGAUAUUUAAAGCUGACGUUUGAUGAAGUGAAUUACAAAUUUUGCCACAUACGCAAAUAUUUAUUUUGUGGGUGCACCGAUUUGUAAGUGACACUCGGGAUACGAAGUGCAUGAAAGACGUACCCCGAAGGCAAGCCGUGGCAUAUUCUGCCAAUGAAAUUGUUUGUCAUGUUGCUGUUGGAUGUUUUCGUGGGAGAAUAAAGGAUGCCAACCAUUUUGCACUGUCCGUCUAAUACUGGUGCCCGCUUGUGUUUAUUUCCUGGAAACAAGGCUGUUCCAGGGUAAUGUAUACUUAGCUUCAUCUGACUCCUCUUUUGUGAAUUUGUUCCAGUUUUUUAUGUAUUCGUAGGUGUACUGCAAGUCCGCUGAUAAGGAGGUGAGUUUUCUUUUGCCAUGUGGAACUCCAGUGGAAAUUUGCUAAUUUUAACCAAGAUCCUUAAACAAGUAGCAUCCAAAGGAAUAGUCCAGUUUAGUCACUGGUUACAAAUUCCUGUCCCAGAGUCUGUAGAUAGCGAGCAAAUCAAAGUGGUGGUAACCAGUGCUUAUGAAGAGAGGAACGGCUUAAAGUCUGAUUUGGAAAGUAAAUGCGAAGUGCCUGAAGCCAGCGUUUCUUAUCCGGUGGAACACAGAAGUCCUUGCUGUGGGAGCUCUUGCUGGUGCAAAAGUUUCUUUCUCGUUUGCAUUUUGGCAGUUGUUUGUUUCUCAUCACUUGCCUUGGUGCGGCAGUAUCUGAAAGACUUGUUGCUCUGGGUUGAAAGUCUGGACAGUCUUGUUGGGGCAUUGCUUUUCAUCGUAGGCUUCAUCGCAGUUUCCUUCCCUUGUGGCUGGGGUUAUAUUGUACUUAACGUAGCUGCCGGUUAUUUGUACGGUUUUCUUCUGGGCAUGGGACUUGUAAUAGUAGGGGUGCUGAUCGGAACAUUUUUGGCCCAUGUAGGAUGCAAGAAAUUACUGACCCAAUGGGCUUUAUCCAGAAUUGAGAACAGUGAUCAACUGAGUGCUGUAAUCAGAGUAGUGGAAGGAGGUGGUGGACUCAAAAUCGUUGCUUUAGCAAGACUCACACCAAUACCAUUUGGUCUUCAAAAUGCAGUAUUUUCAAUUACUGACUUGUCACUACCAAACUACCUUGUGGCUUCGUCACUUGGUCUUCUUCCUACACAGCUGCUGAAUUCAUACUUAGGCACUACUUUGCGGACAAUGGAAGAUGUCAUUGCAGAACAGAGUGUUAGUGGCUAUUUUAUUUUUAGUCUUCAAAUUGUCAUAAGUAUUGGCUUGAUGUUUUAUGUUGUUCACCGAGCCCAGAUUGAACUGAAUGCUGCCAUUGUGGCUUGCCAAAUGGAACUAAAGACAACACUUGUUAAAGGGAACCAGCCAGCUGUUAAUGGUUCAACUUUUUGCAGCAAGAGGACAUCCGCAUUUUCCAGUGGAGGUGUUAAUGUAGUAUGAUUCUUCUGCAAGAAUUAAUUUAAGGUUGUUCUAAACCUGUAUGUGAAUGCCAGUUUACCUGAUAUCAUGAUCUUAAUAAAAGACUGUAUCUAGUAUAUGUCAUAUGGAUUGGCCUUUAAGCAAUUCAGUAUUUUAGCAUUUAUUUUGCUUUUAUUGGCAUUAUUUUAAAUGUCUUGAUACAAUUUCAUUUCACAACUGGUUCAUUAACUUCUGAUGCAUGUCUGAGUCCCUGAUGUUUAUGUAAUAUUUAUUGUUAAUGGAGACUUCAUUAAAAGAAGGUAAGGCCCUCCCA